AUGUUUGCAAAGCGCUUUGUUACCGUUACUCCACUCCUUUCCCGUGGUCUUGCCUCGACGACUGAAAAGGCACCACUCAUCAAGACCUUCAACAUUUACCGUUGGUCACCAGACACUCCGGAGGAGAAGCCAAGAUUGCAAGAGUACAAGAUUGACUUGAACGAUUGUGGUCCUAUGGUUCUUGAUGCCCUUCUCAAGAUCAAAAACGAACAAGAUGCCACAUUGACCUUUAGAAGAUCGUGCCGUGAGGGUAUCUGUGGUUCCUGUGCCAUGAACAUUGGUGGUCGUAACACACUUGCCUGUUUGUGCCGUAUUGACCGCGACACUAGCAAGAACACAAAGAUUUACCCAUUGCCACACAUGUUCGUCGUCAGAGACCUUGUUCCGGAUCUGACACACUUCUACAAGCAAUACAAGUCCAUUCAGCCAUACCUCCAGCGUGACACUGUCCCAGAGGAUGGUAAGGAGAACUUGCAAUCCAUUGCUGACAGAAAGAAGUUGGAUGGUUUGUACGAAUGUAUUUUGUGUGCUUGUUGUUCCACCAGUUGUCCAUCCUACUGGUGGAAUCAGCAAGAGUACUUGGGUCCUGCUGUGUUGAUGCAAGCAUACAGAUGGUUGAUUGACAGUAGAGACGAAGCCACCCACAUGAGAAGAGAACUCUUGCAAAACUCAAUGUCCUUGUACAGAUGUCACACCAUCUUGAACUGUACAAGAACAUGUCCGAAGGGUUUGAACCCAGGUAAGGCCAUUGCUGAGAUCAAGAAGGGUCUCUCAUUGGAGGGUUAA